AGGAAGGCGAACGAAAACGGAACAGGACGAGGCCAUCGCUCUUCCUCUCUAUUGCUAUUCGUCGCAUGUUUCGAUCCUUGGUACAUCAAUAAAUACGAUUCCUCUUCGAAUUCCUCGCUCGCCAUCUCUUUCUCUCGUCCGAGCAUCGAAAGGUUCCGUUGCAAAGCGGAUCAUUGAACAGUUGUUACUCGUGCAUGAAUAGCGGCCAUCAUGAUGGGGUCAUUUCUUAGUAGGGGCUUGAUACUGGUUUUUGGGUAUGCUUACCCAGCUUAUGAGUGCUACAAGACCGUGGAAUUGAACAAGCCGGAGAUCGAACAGUUGCUUUUCUGGUGUCAGUAUUGGAUUUUAGUUGCAUCAUUGGCCAUCUUGGAGAGAUUAGUGGAUGUUUUCUUUUCAUGGCUGCCAAUGUACUGUGAAGCAAAAUUGGCACUCUACAUAUACUUAUGGUAUCCUAAGAUGAGAGGAACAACAUUUGUCUAUGGUACUUUCCUCAGGCCAUAUAUCGCAAAACAUGAAAUUGAGAUCGAUCGCCAUUUGCUUGAGUUUAGAGCAAGGUUUGCAGAUAUCAUGUUGAUGUAUUGGCAGAAGGCUUCCGGCUAUGGCAGGAUAAGUUUUUUUGACGUGUUGAACCGUGUUACCUUACUGUUACAAGCAUCAAGAACACACCCAUCUCAGAAGCAAGCAGAUGAGUUGCCGUCUUCGUCGCCACCUGCAGCAACCGAGCCAGCUCGAGCAGAAACACGAGCGUCGGGUAGCCCCGCGAAGAACCAGCCGGAAGAACAGUUGACGACGACGACGAAGACUGGAGUCCAGCCACCGGAAUCAGGCCCAGAUGCACACGCUUCGCAGACAGCAGAAGCCUCGAGUCCGACACCGAAGGAGGCGGCGAUACGAGCGACACGCGGCAGGCUGAGAAAGCGACCUCCCAUUGGCCAUGUGUAGUCGUCCCCACCAUCUAAUCUUCUUUUUGUUUCUGCAUUGAGUUGUCGCUGAAGGAUGAUUACUUUGCUCAUUAAUACAUAGCUUCAAUAUUAUACCCUCAGUUGCAGACAAUAUUCCUUUAAUAGGUAACAGACAAACAUUGUAUUGGUUCCAA